CCACCCAAACCAGGCAGUCGUAUCACGAACCACACCUCUUGGAGACCUACCUCACUUCCUGCUCAAUCACCACCCAUCUACCACCUCUUGCUUGCUUGCCUGCGUUCCCUGCUUGCUCGCUUGCUGCCCGCGCAGACCAACUUACCUUGCGAUUGUCAAACGACCCGCAACGACACCAGUCAGACAUCACUUAACCCGCUGCGGUAAAGUGGAAAGACUGGGACCGACUUUUUGCUUCGACAUCUGCGAACCCCACUGGUUUUGCUUCAACUUUUUCUUCCCGGCGAGCGACAUCUUCUACGACCUUGUACACCACGCUCGUGAAGCAUUCCCCGAACGAACGCACCUCACACGCACCAACAAACGGACAGGCUGCCAACCUACGACCCGGAGGAACUGUUUAGAAUAGCGCAAGACACAAGGCAACGAUGCAGAUCAAAGUACGCACCCUCACCGGCAAGGAGAUUGAGUUGGACAUUGAGCCCGAUUACAAGGUCUCAAGGAUAAAGGAGCGUGUCGAGGAGAAGGAAGGCAUCCCACCCGCGCAACAGCGUCUCAUCUACGGCGGAAAGCAAAUGGCCGACGACAAAUCCGCAGCCGACUAUCAGCUCGAAGGCGGUGCCACGCUCCAUUUGGUCCUCGCUCUCCGUGGUGGCUGCGCUGCUGCGGCGCUCUAGAUGCACUGCUUGUUUGUCUCACUGCCGUUCAUACUAUUGCCAUCGCCUUGUUUGGCCAAUCCUAGCCUGAAAUAUUCGGUUGAAAACUCGUUUGACUACUUGGUGUUUAUAUGUCUGCCUGCCCUACGUUCUACAACACGGUCACUCCAUCCCCCCAUUCAUUUGUUCUCUCUGCAUUUCCCGUGCGAGGUUUGCCCUUCCUAUGAAUACCACAUGAACCCUUGCGUUUCCCCUUUCAAACCUGUCGGUAUGCGCGAGUUUCUAUCCCUCCCAUGGUAUCUGAUUUUGGGAUCGAGUGCGCGAAGGAAAAAUUACGACUUUUCGUUUCCGUGGGCUCGUGUGGCAUGUGGAUCGUGGUCGUGAGAGGGUUGGGGCCGUUCAUGUGGAAAAUCUGCGAGUCGGCAAUAUCAGGUAAAGAUGGAUGGAUGAAUGAAUGGGCACAUGGAAGGGGGGGAAUUAUUCGAGACAAGAACAGAGGGUUAGAUGGUGGCUCCAUAUUCCAAUAAACCAAAACUUUUUGACAAACCUUUUUUGAGGGAAACAAGUCCUCUCCUCAUUAUAAUUUUUUUAUUUGUGUGAAGGUGUGGAUGUGUGCUUGCGGUAACUUAAUGUCCCUUUUUUUUCUCCUGGUCUCUCUCCAUCUCUCUUUAUGACUAGCUACACUUUCUCUGGACGAAGCGAAGAUGGAAUAGGGCUCGAUUAGAUUUGUUUGUUUGUUUUAUUGUUUGUUUUAUUGUUUAUUUGAUAAUUCGGGUACACCUCAAAAGAACCAGACAAGGCAUUGCAGAAAAAGAAAAACCCUAAGCUUAAGCUAUAAACCGUAAUUCAGGUUGUAAAAAGAGGCGGUAUAGCAGGGAAACUGUAUCCAUUUCUUCCACUUUCACCCUCAUUUUCACUCUCACUUUCACUCUCACUUUCACUCUUAUUUUCACUCUUAUUUUCAUUCUUAUUUUCACUUUCACUCUUAUUUUCACUUUCACUUUCACUGAUCAUGAAUCGCCUUAACCCCCAACCAACCGCCAACCUCAAUAUU